AUGCUCGAGCCCAGCUCCGUUGAAGACGUGCUAUCGAUCUCUCUGCUGCAGGUUGCCGCCUCCAGCAAGUUCACCGAGGGCGUUGGCAAGUUGAUCGCCGUGGUCUGUGUGGUGUAUUGGCUGGUGAAGGGCGAGUCCCACAAGGCGCUUCCCUCCUCCAUGGGCUCGGCAUCGCGCUACACCACUUUCAUCCUGCCCAGCUGGGGCCUUCCGCUGUCCGUUGUCUUCAACAACACUGCGCUGAUCUAUCUCGGCGCUGGUCUGAACUCCAUCGUGGCAACGCUCUCCCCGGUGACCACCGCAGCUCUUGCUAACCUCAUGGGCAGGAAAGUUGCGAAGUUCGCUUGGGUUGGCGUCGGCAUGGCCUGCGUAGGAGCCGGCGUGAUUGCCUGGGGCAAGCUGGGCCACGGGCAUGCGGGCGGCGCGGUGGCCUUUGGGCUGCUCUUUUCCCUGGCGUCCGUCCUGCUUCGCUCCAUCAAGGUGGUGCUGCAGGACAACCUCCUGAACCCCACCGCGUACGCCCGCGAGGGUAGCGAGAAGCAACCGCUGCAGGCGGCCAUGCCAGUGGAUCCCAUGCACGUCUGGGCGCUGCAAGGCCUCCCGUGCGUCGUGAUCUCGGUCAUCUACGCCGUGGCAACCGAGGACUUCUUCGCGUUCGCCAGAGCGUUGCAUGUCGGGACAUCCAGGGAGGAUGAAAGCGAGGUGCGCUGCCAGUACCCCUCGAGGCCCUCCUGA